AUGUCACAAACGUACUGGUCCACCACUGAGGAGGUCACUUCUGACUUGGUUGCUCGUGUACAAGAGUGGGAAGAAACCAUGAUGCCCAUACUUGAAGAAGAAGAGACAAGAAAAGAAUUCGAUAUUCACGAAUAUGGCGAUCAUUUAUUAAGCAUGUUCAAGGAGGUUGGCGAGACGAAGACGCUAGACGAGGUUGGUGAUGUUUGA